AUAAGUACUAAGUUAGCAAGACUUAGAUGAGCUAGAAAUUCCAAGUGUAGAUCGAUAUUUGAGGGAGCGAAUUGAGAACACAAAGAAGAGAGUGAACCAACCAACAAACACUUCAUAGGUGUCUCCGCCUUCUCUUCUCUUCACUGCAAUUCUCUUCGCAAACCAUUUCUGUGUAGUGAUCACAAUGGCAUCUCUCCCCAACACCCUUUCCUUCUCCUCCUCCCUCUCCACCACUCUCCUCCCAUGCCGCCGCUUCAUCGCAUUCCCCCGCCGCCGUUUCUCCGUUCAAGCCAAGAUCCGCGAAAUCUUCAUGCCCGCCCUCAGCUCCACCAUGACCGAAGGCAAAAUUGUCUCCUGGAUCAAAUCCGAGGGCGACAAGCUCUCCAAGGGUGAAAGCGUUGUCGUCGUUGAGUCCGACAAGGCCGACAUGGACGUCGAGACCUUCUACGACGGCAUCCUCGCCGCCAUCGUCGUUGCCGACGGCGAAACCGCUCCCGUCGGAGCCGCCAUUGGCCUUCUCGUUGAUUCUCCCGAAGAAGUCGCUGAAGCCAAAGCCAAAGCCGCCCAAUCUGCUUCUUCUCCCGCCACUCCCUCCGCCGCCGCUCCCUCUGCCGCUGCUCCGGAGAUUACUCCGCCACCUCCUCCUCCUCCUCCGGCAAAGUCCGUUACCGAUGGGCCAAGGAAGACCGUGGCCACGCCUCAGGCUAAGAAACUCGCGAAGCAGCACAAGGUGGACAUUGCGACGGUCGUGGGAUCCGGUCCGUUUGGUCGGAUUACUCCUGCGGAUGUGGAGGUUGCGGCCGGAGUAGCUCCGUCAAAGAGCAAUGUGUCUCCGCCGGUGAGUCCUGCUCCGGCGGCGCCAACUCCUGCACCGAAAUCUGCUGCUGGUUCUGCUGCACUAGCUCCCAUUCCGGGUUCGAGUGUUGUUCCUUUCACUACGAUGCAAUCUGCGGUGGCGAAGAACAUGAUGGAGAGUCUAUCUGUGCCUACUUUCAGGGUUGGUUACCCUGUGACUACUGAUGCAUUGGAUGCUCUUUAUGAGAAGGUGAAACCGAAGGGUGUGACUAUGACGGCUAUUUUGGCUAAGGCUGCUGCAAUGGCACUUGUUCAGCACCCUGUUGUCAAUGCCACCUGCAAAGACGGUAAGAACUUCGUCUAUAACAGUAACAUUAAUGUUGCUGUUGCCGUGGCAAUUAAUGGUGGUUUGAUCACUCCUGUUCUCCAGGAUGCAGAUAAGUUGGACUUGUAUCUGUUGUCCCAAAAAUGGAAGGAGCUAGUGGAAAAAGCUCGUGCAAAGCAAUUGCAACCUCAUGAGUAUAAUUCAGGAACUUUCACACUUUCCAAUUUGGGUAUGUUUGGAGUUGACAGGUUUGAUGCCAUACUCCCACCAGGCCAGGGUGCUAUCAUGGCUGUUGGAGCGUCUAGGCCCACUGUUCUGGCUGAUAAAGAUGGAUUCUUCAGCGUGAAGAAUAAAAUGCUGGUGAAUGUAACUGCUGAUCAUCGAAUAAUAUAUGGUGCUGACUUGGCUGCAUUCCUCCAGACAUUCUCAAAAAUCAUUGAAAACCCAGAAAGCCUGACAUUAUAGUCAUUAUGCACUUCCAACAUAAAAUUAUGGCCACCAUCGGAUCACGACUUGACACUUUGUUGAGAAGCUGUUUGGCUCGAUGCUGAACAUUUUCUGAUUUUUUUUCCCCUCAACUUUCAUCAUGUUUUAUCUUUUAGGAGCUAUCCUGAGGACCAUUUGCUAGAUUUUUUGAUAGGGAAAAGAACUUUAAUAUUGUUUACAGUGGGGUAUGUUGUAAGGCAAUUAUGUUGACAAUCUACUUGUAAGCAGUAAGCAGUUUUAAAGGUUCGAUUUUUCAAUAAGAAAAUUACUUAUUCCAGCCAA